AUGGCUACCAACAGGGAACAGCAGGUGGGCCACAUGACAGGCUUCCCACCUGCUGUGUACCCCUUUGCCUUCAACUCCAUGAGGAGCCACUCUCCCUUUGACCUGCUGGCCAAGAGCAGCCUUUUUGGAAGAUUCAGUGCUGACCUGCCCAAAGAAAUGGCUGCACUCUCGGUGGAGACCCAGAGCACCAGCUCGGAGGAGAUGGUACCCAGUUCUCCAUCUCCACCUCCCCCACCUCGUGUCUACAAGCCCUGCUUUGUGUGCCAGGACAAGUCCUCGGGGUAUCACUAUGGGGUCAGCUCCUGUGAGGGUUGCAAGGGUUUCUUCCGUCGCAGUAUCCAGAAGAACAUGGUGUACACCUGCCACCGAGACAAGAACUGUCAGAUUAACAAGGUCACACGCAACCGCUGCCAGUAUUGCAGGCUGCAGAAGUGCUUUGAAGUCGGCAUGUCCAAGGAAGCGGUACGCAAUGACAGAAACAAGAAGAAGAAAGAUGUGAAGGAGGAAGUGGUGCUCCCAGAGAGCUACGAGCUCAGUGGAGAGCUGGAGGAGUUGGUCAAUAAAGUCAGCAAAGCUCAUCAAGAAACCUUCCCUUCACUUUGCCAACUGGGCAAAUACACCACCAACUCCAGCUCGGACCACCGCGUCCAGCUAGAUCUGGGUUUGUGGGACAAGUUCAGCGAGCUCUCCACUAAAUGUAUCAUCAAGAUUGUGGAAUUUGCCAAACGGCUGCCAGGUUUCACCAGCCUCACCAUCGCUGACCAGAUAACCCUUCUUAAGUCUGCUUGCCUGGACAUUCUAAUGCUCAGGAUCUGUACACGCUACACUCCAGAACAGGACACCAUGACCUUCUCCGAUGGUCUGACCCUGAACCGGACUCAGAUGCACAACGCUGGUUUUGGACCGCUUACAGACUUGGUGUUUGCCUUUGCCGGCCAGCUUUUACCCCUGGAGAUGGACGACACCGAAACCGGCCUCCUCAGCGCCAUCUGCCUCAUCUGUGGGGAUCGUAUGGAUCUGGAGGAGCCUCAAAAAGUGGAUAAGCUGCAAGAACCUCUACUAGAGGCUUUAAAGAUUUACGCCCGCCGCCGACGGCCCAACAAACCUCACAUGUUCCCCCGCAUGCUUAUGAAAAUUACGGACCUCAGGGGCAUCAGCACAAAGGGAGCAGAGAGAGCCAUCACUCUGAAGAUGGAAAUCCCAGGCCCGAUGCCUCCUCUGAUCAGGGAGAUGCUGGAAAACCCCGAGGCUUUCGAGGACCAAACGGAGCGCAAUGAUAGCCCGCCGCCGCCGCCGCCACCACCACCACAUCCCCCCACUCUGGUGCUGAAGCAGGAGGCCGAAGACGAGGAUGACAGCUGGGCCACGGAGAAUGGCAGCGAGCCAUCGCCGGAAGAGGAGGAGGACGACGAUGAAGAUGAUGCGGGCGACGAAGACAGAGACAGGGGCUCGGACAGCGAUGGGGAGCAAUGGGGGGCUCUGGAUGCCAUAGAUUUAGAUGGCGGCAGGAAAGGCCUUGUAGGGAGGGCUCAGUGA